AUGAUGCUGCUGGUUCUCUUGUACACCCUGCUGUACCCUCUCAGCUCCUUCUGCCAUCGCGCCUGUCCGGAGAAGUGUGUGUGUGAGCAGGGCGCCUCUGUGCAGUGUUUUAGGGUGCAGGCGGUGCCCUCGGGGAUCCCUCACGGCAUGAGGAGGCUCAACCUGGGAUACAACCACAUCAGGGAGAUUAAGAACAGAGAACUGUCUGGCCUGUCCGGUCUGGAGGAGGUGAUCCUGACCUCGUGUGGAGUGGAGCAGCUUGACGCCAACGCCUUCAGGUCUCAGAGGUCAUUACGAACUCUAGACCUCCAGAAGAACAAGCUGCGUGGUGUUCCCCGUGGCCUCCCCUCCAGCCUGGAGAUCCUCCACCUGGGCCACAACAGGAUCCACACGCUGCAGGAGUCCACGCUGCAGGGCCUGAGGAGUCUGCGCCAACUCAACCUGCAGAAUAACCAGAUAACCUCGCUGCGCGCCAACGUCCUCUCGCCGCUCGUCAAGCUGGAACAUCUGUAUCUAGAAGGAAACAGAAUCGAGACGAUACAGGGCGUUCUCAGGUUGCCCGUUUUACACGGGUUCAGCCUGGCGAGUAAUAAGAUCUCUGCACUCCCGGCGGCUUUCUUCACAUCACUGCAGCAUCUCAGGACUUUAGAUUUGUCCUCGAACCUGUUAAGCAAAGUCCCGCAGACCCUCCCACGAUCGCUGAUUCACCUCGACCUGGACGGAAAUCAGAUCCGGACGCUGAAAAGCCGCGAUGCCGCCCAUCUACGCCACCUUUCCAGUCUGUCCGCGUCCUCCAACAGGCUGGUGUCGGUGGACGGGGGCUUGAGGCUGCCCAAUCUGACCAUGUUGGAACUGGCGGGUAACGAGCUGCCAGCGCUGCCCAGCAGGCUGUCGGCAAAACUCGAGAAGCUGGACUGCGGGCGCAAUCAUAUACAGGAAGUGACGCGCCAACAACUGGCCGGACUGAGGCAACUCAGGCAUCUCUUUCUGGAGAGCAACACCAUCCGACGGUUCGAGCCUCAUGCUCUGAGAGACUGUGUUCACCUCGCCAACUUGGCACUGGAGCAGAACCUUCUAACUGCCGUUCCACACGGCCUUCCGGAAUCAUUAGUGCGCCUAGAUUUGAAGGGCAACCGAAUUUCCACCAUUCAGGAGGACGACCUGAGGUCUCUAAAGCGUCUUCAGGUGCUGAACCUCCGCAACAACAGGCUCCACUCGCUGCCCAGUCUGAGCCCGCUUCCCAAACUGAAGACGCUCUAUCUGGACGGGAACGUGUGGAACUGUACCUGUCAGCUCCUCCGAAUCAAGCAGGACCUGCAGGCGAGGGAUGUAGACGUGAGUGCAGAUUUCUGCUCGGAACCCGUCUAUUCGUCGGUGGAUAUGUGGCACGCGUACGUAAUGGCGCAGGAGAAAUGCGAGGAGCUGACGGAGGAAUCGUUAACAGAGGGUCAGAUCGAACACACAGACAGUGAGGAGUACUACGAUUAUGAACUUUAAUGUAGAUAAUACAGUAGUAGCUUUGAAACGUUGAAUUUUGGCAGUAAAUGAAAUAGAUUUUGCAGACAUUAGAUAUACAAUUUAUUUUUAUAAGGCGUUCAGGUGGCAGGUGACAAUGAUUGGCUCAUCUGAAUGCUGAAUUCCUCAAAAACUGCUGUAAUUAUGAGGUAAUUACCUCUGCUGGCUGAUC